CUUUUGUGUGUAACACACUUGAUAAAUUUCUUGCAAUAUUCCACAAUCCUCUCUCAUCCUACUUUUCAAAAGUUGGUAAGACAUAGACACCAUUUGAUUCGCUUAUGUUUUACACAGAAAACACAAUCACAAACAGAAAACACAAUCACAAAGAAAGAAAGAAAAAAACACAGACAGAAUAUCUCUCUCUCUAAAUUCAUCUAUGUACACUUCCCAUAAUCCCUCUCUCUUCCCACCACCAAACCAUGCAAAUCACACACCAUGAACCUUAUUACACUUUUACCCCUCCAACACUUCUUAAUUCACAUAUCACUACCCUUCUCUCCAAUACAACAAAAACACCUUCAUCUUCUUCUAUAACUUCUUCUUCUCGUGGUCAUGGCUGUUUCAAACAGUGUCGAAGCUGUGUUCGAAUUUCUAAGAAAAAAUGGAUUAUCAGAAGCAGAAUCAGCUCUAAGACAAGACAUCAUUGAUAAGCACAACAAUGAUCUUGCUUCCUUUGACUACGAGAAAUUCUUUUUUCCAAUGGUUCCUCCACCUCCUCCGGUCAAACUCCGCUCAUUUUCACGCCCGUCGGAGUUUACCUCUGGCGACGGUCAAUUCUCCAAAUCAAACUCUGUUUCUUCUGAAGAACAGUUUGUUAGCAUCGCUUCUUCUACUUCUCCUUCUCGUUCUCGUGUUUCUUCUUCAGAAUUUAUCAAUCCAUAUGGAAUUAAUUCCUCAUCUCAGACUCAGAAUGAUUCUGAAUCCUCAUCUGAUAGAUUGUCCCAAUUCGGCACAGCACGCGAUUAUCACGAAUUCGAUAUGCAACAUGAACCGUAUUGGUAUAACGAAAACGAUGACGAUGAUGAUUUCAUGACUCCUGAUUUUGAUGGACCAGAUUUCUUUGGAUGUCAAAGUGAAGAUAAGUUUAUCUUGAAUUCAGAAACAGAAAAUCAACAAGAUGAUUCUCGUGAUCUUCAUUACAACUUUGAAGAAAUUCAGUUAGAGGGAAAUGAAGGUUACAUAGACAAGUCAAUGGAGCAAUGCCUUUGUAAUCAUUCAUCUGGAGGUGAUGAAAAUGCGACUUAUUCAAAAGAUUAUUGUCACGGGGCCGAGAAAGAAGCCAUUGCGCAUAAUUGUGAAGUUCCCUUUUGCAAAAGCAGUCCAGGUUCAGGAGGUUCUUGUAGCGAGGAUCCUAUGAACUUUAGCUACCUUAAUUUGAAGGAAAUUAAGCUGAAUCUGAAUGAUUUUCAUAUGAAGGAUAUUAAUUCUUUUGAUUCUGUUCCUGUGCUUACCAUGAAGCAUAGUUCAGAUUGCUACAAGGAUCCCUAUGACUUAACCAUCGAAGUUGUUGAAACAGAUCUACCGAAUGGGAUCGAAAGCUAUGAAGUAAGAGAUGACCGAGAUUUGAAUGAAGAACUCCAUGUUCCGGAGGUUGCCGCAGAUGGAGAGGAUAAUAAUACUGAUGAUGACCUCUUAAAAUACAUUCAAGAUGAUGAAUAUGAAGUAUUUGAGCUAAGAAUUGUACAUAGAAAAAACAGGACUGGAUUUGAAGAAAACAAGGAAGUUCCAAUUGUGCUCAACUCAGUCAUGGCUGGAAGGUACUAUGUGACAGAAUAUCUCGGUUCAGCUGCAUUCAGUAGGGUUGUUCAAGCCCAUGAUCUUCAGAUGGGAAUUGAUGUUUGUUUGAAGAUUAUUAAAAAUGACAAGGAUUUCUUUGAUCAAAGCCUAGAUGAAAUCAAGCUUCUUAAACUCGUCAAUAAGCACGACCCAGGAGAUAAACACCACAUACUGCGUCUUUAUGACUAUUUCUACCAUCAGGAACAUUUAUUCAUUGUGACCGAACUUCUGCGUGCAAACUUAUAUGAAUUUCAGAAAUUCAACCAAGAAUCUGGUGGUGAAGCAUAUUUUACAUUAAAGAGAUUGCAGCUCAUUACUCGACAGUGUUUGGAGGCAUUGCAAUAUUUACAUAACUUGGGAAUUGUUCACUGCGACCUGAAGCCUGAAAACGUUCUAAUCAAAAGUUACAAAAAAUGUGAAAUAAAGAUUAUUGAUCUUGGAAGCAGUUGCUUUAAAACAGACAAUCUGUGUCUAUAUGUACAAUCCCGGUCUUAUAGAGCUCCUGAAGUGAUGUUAGGCCUUCAAUAUGAUGAAAAGAUUGAUAUAUGGUCGCUCGGCUGUAUUUUGGCUGAGCUAUGCUCCGGUGAAGUGCUUUUUCCAAAUGAUGCAGUCGUGAUGAUUCUAGCACGCAUGAUUGGAAUGUUUGGUCCUUUUGAUAUGGAGAUGUUGGUGAAAGGGCAGGAAACACACAAGUACUUCACCAAAGAAUAUGACAUUUACUUCAUAAAUGAGGAGACAGAUCAACUAGAGUACAUAAUUCCAGAAGAGACUUCAUUAGAGCACCACCUACAGAUCAACGAUACUAUGUUUAUCGACUUCGUCAGUUAUCUGCUUAACGUCAACCCCAAAAGAAGGCCUACUGCAAGACAGGCACUAAAACAUCCAUGGCUUUCCUAUGUAUACAAGUCCAUGUAACAUUCUCUGGUGUGAAGGUUCAGUAACUUUGUUUGAGUUGUCUAUAUCGGUGUCUCUUGAGCUUGUUUUCACCAUAUUGCAAAUCGUGCAAUCACAAUUUUGGUUUGUCCAUAAGCAACAUCAAGUAAAUUCACUGUCUUUGUUGUUUCAUAGUUAUUAAUAGUUUUUUCUUUGUACAGAACUCUUCACAUUAUUUUAGCCUUUCAUGACUUGGAAGGAUUGAACAGGAUUGAACAUUACCAUAAUAACAUUUUGAUGUCACAUUUUACAUUCCAACACAAGUCACAAUCAUUUCCUUGA